UGCUGUGGCACGCAGUCCUGUGUCGACGGUGGCAAGAAGCAGAUCGGAUACGAUCUUCGAAACCCAGCGGAACAAUGUCUCGGCGAGGCGCAGCGGGAGCCCCCUGGGUUCGAUUAGUACUCUGUGUGGCAGUAGUACAGGGCGGCCUGGCACUAGAACUGGACCAAUCGUGUGUGAAUCCGGACGGUGAAGCGGGAACCUGUAUCCUGUUCCGCGAGUGUCAACCGUUACUCACUAUUUACAACAAACCGAUCAAUACGCCCGACGAUACGGAGUUUCUGCAAGCGAGCCGAUGUGGUGUAUCGCAAGGCAAACCGCUGGUGUGCUGUGCAGGAGUGGUAAAAACGGCCCCCAGCCUGCCGGAACCCCCGUACUGUGGUGUGCAGCUGUCCGAUCGGGUGUACGGUGGGCAACCGACCAAAAUUGACGAGUUUCCCUGGACGGCGCUGAUUGAGUACGAAAAGCCGAACGGUCGUUUCGGUUUCCACUGCGGAGGCUCGCUGAUCAACAAGCAGUACAUCGUGACGGCAGCUCACUGUAUAGUUUCGAUUCCGAAAACCUGGAAGGUUCACCGGGUUCGGCUGGGCGAAUGGGAUCUGAGUUCAUCGGCCGAUUGUGAGGACGAUUUCUGCUCCACGUCACCGAUCGAUCUGGACAUCGAGAAGAUUAUCGUACACCCGGGAUACGAUACGCGGGACCAGAGUCACAUCAACGAUAUCGCGCUGAUUCGUUUCACCCGACAAGUGGAGUACACGGAGCUGGUGCGACCAAUCUGUCUGCCGCUAUCGGAAGCGGUUCGCUCCCGGAGCCACGUGGGACUGUCGAGCUUUGCUGCCGGCUGGGGUAAAACGGAGACGGCUUCCGCCAGCGACAAGAAGCUGAAGGUCGAACUGAACAUCAAGAGCUUGGACGAGUGCGCACUGACUUACCGGCGGAGCGGUAUCAAUCUUCAGUCGACGCAGAUGUGUGCCGGAGGAGUGCGUGGCCAGGAUACGUGCAGUGGUGACUCCGGUGGGCCGCUGAUGCGACAGCUGACCGGCACCUGGUACCUGCUCGGUGUGGUUAGCUUCGGACCGCAAAAGUGCGGCUCGGCGGGAGUGCCCGGUGUCUACACGAAUGUGAUAGCGUACACGGAUUGGAUCCGCAAUACCAUUUAUGAGAUGGUAUUCAACAGUGAAUAUGCUGCCGGAAGGGCGCUGAUGUUGGUGAUUGGUUUGCUAACAAUCGCAGGUCAAAGCGUGCUGUCUCUAGAGCUCGGCCAAUCGUGUGUUAAUCCGCGAGGUCAGCAGGGUAGUUGCAUUCAGUUCUCCGAGUGUCAACCGUUGCUAAGUAUUUACAAUAAACGCACGCCAACGACGGAGGAUAAACAGUUUUUGCUCAACAGCCGGUGCGGCACCUACAACUCCAAAAUACUGGUUUGUUGUGUCGGAGCGGCCCAAGCACAGAGAACCUCGUUGCCGGAGCCCCCAAAUUGUGGUUUACAGCUGUCGGACCGUGUUGUCGGUGGUCAGCCAACGCAGGUCGAUGAAUUUCCGUGGACAGCACUGAUCGAGUACCAGAAACCGGGCGGUCAAUACGGUUUCCACUGUGGCGGGUCGCUGAUCAACCAGCGCUACAUCGUGACGGCAGCCCAUUGCAUUAACGCCGUUCCUCGUAGCUGGAAGCCGUAUCGUGUCCGGUUGGGCGAGUGGGAUCUGGGAUCGUCGACCGAUUGUGAGGCUGACUUCUGUGCCCCCGCACCGAUUGAUUUGGACAUUGAGCAGAUCAUUGUUCACCCCGGGUAUGACAGCAGGGACGCUGCCAACCUCAACGAUAUUGCCCUGAUCCGUUUUAAACGUAAUGUGCAGUACUCGGACGUGAUCCGCCCGAUCUGUCUGCCGCUUUCGACGUCAAUUCGGAACCGAAACUACGUUGGGUUAUCGAGCUAUGCUGCCGGUUGGGGUAAAACGGAGACGGCUUCCGCCAGUGACAAGAAGCUGAAAGUGGAACUUCACAUCACGGGUCUAAACGAUUGCGCUCAAGUGUACUCGCGCGGUGGCAUCUACUUACAGUCAUCACAGAUGUGUGCCGGAGGGGUCCGUGGUAAGGAUACGUGCAGCGGCGACUCCGGUGGGCCGCUGAUGCGACAGGUCUCGGGCACCUGGUACCUGUACGGUCUGGUCAGCUUUGGACCGCAAAAGUGUGGCACGGCGGGAGUCCCCGGUGUGUACACCAACGUUCUGGAGUAUACGGAUUGGAUUCGGAACAACAUCUCUGUAUGCUGCACACAGUAUCACCGAACUGGGCUUCCAGAACCGUUCAACUGUGGAAAUUCCACCAGCGAUAACCUCGGAUAUACGACGCGAAUGGACGAGUUCCCGUGGACGGCAUUGAUCGAGUACCAGUACCAGGACGGUAGGACUGGUUUCCACUGUGGAGGAACUUUGAUCAACGAGCGGUACAUCGUGACGGCGGCCCACUGUGUCCAAGCACUACCGGAGGGCCAGAAAGUGUACCGUGUUCGGCUGGGCGAAUUCGAUCUGACUACUUCCCCCGAUUGCCACCAGUACUACGAAGGAACCUGUGCCCAUACGCAGAUCGACCUUGGCAUUGAGAAGAUCGUCGUCCACCCCGGAUACGAUAGUAGCAAGAAGUUGUUCGACAACGACAUUGCGUUGAUUCGCUUCGAUCGAGAUGUGAGUUUCGUAAACACAAUGCACCCGAUAUGUUUGGCUUCUAAGUCAAUCGGCAGCAUAAGUAACACCAAGAAGCGGCCGUUCAUCUCCGGAUGGGGCCAUACAGCAGAGAAGCGUGACAAUGAUCGCAAGCAAAGGGCUGUGGUGAAAAUCAAGCGUCAGGAGGAAUGUGUUCCGACGUUCGCGCAACACGGAUUGGAAAUGAAUCCGACUACGCAGAUUUGUGGCACGAGUGUGGACACUGGAGACUGUAACGGUGACCCGGGCUGUGCGUUGGUGCAGGAGAUUGCUGGUGUUUGGUAUAUGCAGGGAGUGCUUAGUUUUGGGCCACGAAAUUGUGGCACGGCAGAAGGACCAGAUGUGUAUGUUAAUGUACCGCAUUACGUAGACUGGAUUCGUGACAACAUUUACUAG